AUGGGGAACAACAAGAGUUCGUUGGAUGAGCUGUACCAAUGCGAGAGCCACGAGUGGUACAGGAAAUUCAUGACGGAAUGUCCGUCUGGACUUUUAACUUACUAUGAAUUCAAGCAGUUCUUUGGACUAAAAAACUUGUCUCCGACCUCCAACGAAUAUGUCCAGUCGAUGUUCUCAACCUUCGACAUGAACGACGACGGCUUCAUUGACUUCAUGGAGUACGUGGCAGCCUUGAGUCUGGUGCUAAAAGGUGGCGUGCAGCAGAAGCUGCGCUGGUACUUCAAACUCUACGACGUGGACGGCAGUGGCUGCAUCGACCGAGAGGAACUGCUGCUCAUCAUCAGGUCCAUCCGGGCCAUCAGUGGGUCAGAUGAUGGCAUGACUGCUGAAGACUUCACAAACAUGGUGUUUGACAAAAUUGAUGCCGAUGGGGAUGGUGAGCUGUCCUAUGAAGAGUUCAUGGAGGGUAUCCAGGCUGACGAGAUGCUGCUGGAAAGAUUCACCCAGAGUUUGGAUCUCACUCACAUUGUGGCAAAGAUCUAUGGAGAGGUCCAAAUGAUGGAGCCCAACAAACACUAGCCAACCAACCAAAUCAAGACAGUGCCUCCCUGCCAAAGUAGUAGUACACCAGUCUAGAGAGAGAGAGAGAGAGAGAAAAUUGGGGGAAAGAUGUGGACAACCAUCAAAAUACAAAACAGCAAUAUUCAGUCACAGAUGUUCGAUAUGGACUUGGUGAACAGAUACUUGAAUCUUUUUUUUUUUACUGGUUGAAAAACAAAUCCAACAAGUCACUGCACUGAGCCAAGACACCUCAUCCGACUCCUUUGAGCAGUUUAAAAGGAGUGUCAACAUUUGGAUGCAGCCUGAAUAAAAGCACACAAUGCCACUACUACCAUACACGGUACAGGUAGGUUUAGGAACAGACUCAAACACAUAGGCUACAAAGUAUCCAUGUGGACGACACUAUGAACUCGAAAUAUCCUCUGCAGAUAAGGCUGUUAUUUAUUUGCCACAUUGAAAGUCAUUGAAAGUGCACUUACUUUUGUUUAGGAUGGACACAGAGCCCCUGUAAAAUCAUGAAACUUUAUGUGACAUUGCAGUGAGGAUUUUUGCUGGCCCUGUGUGUAAUGGACUGAUGUCAGAUACUUAAGUUUUUUUUCCUGUAAAUGUAGAUAUAUUUGUACCUGGUCAAAGCCUCUCAACGUUGCAGAGACGUUUGCAACUCAAUAUAUUGGCUUUGUGUAACGUGGUUUCU